AUGUCGUUUACACAAAUCCCUCAGGUCCGCUCCCUGCCGCGGCUCAGCUGGUUCUUCGCUCUGGGCACGGCGGCGCAGCUCGCCGCGAUUGGCGUUGUGUGCUACGAGAUGGUGGCCCACCCCUACCCCACCCCCCAGCGCGCCCUGGUGGUGUGGCCGGUGGGGCUGAGGGCCGGGGGCGGCGGCGGGGUGGGCCUGGACGACCAAUUGGUCGCCGGCUUCAACAUCAUUUUUGCCUACGGCGGCCAGUUUGCAUUUGUAGAGCUCCUGACAUCGAUGGCCCGCCCCUCGGGGUUCCCCGUGGCUGUCACAGCUUGCACCUCCAUAAUGUCUGUCCUGUACUUUGCCCUGGGUGCUUUCGGCUACAUCUCCUGUGGCUCCGCGGCUUCCGAGAUCCUGGUCUUCAGCUUCACCCAGGGCCGCGCCGCCAGGGCCGCGGGCGCGUUUGUGCUGCUGCAGGCGCUCGCACAGUACCUGAUCAACGCCAACAUCUGGAGCCACAACUUAAUGGUCCUCCUCAGCCGCCGCACCUCCCGCGGCAAGCACCACGGCGGCGCCCGGCCCUCGGACGGCGCCGCGCUCUCAGACGUCGAGUCGGCCCCCCUCGCCGCCGGCCCCGGCGCCGGCCCCAACCCCUCCUCAGACGGCGGCGCGGCGGCCGCGUGCAGCGGGGAUCAUCCCUGGGGGCCGUGGCUGGUGGUGACGGCGUUUGUCGUGCUUUACUCGUACGGCAUAUCGAUGACCAUCCCCUUCUUCUCCACCCUCGUGGGCAUCGUUUCAUCUUCUACCUACCUGCUUUGCGCCUACACGUGA